UGUUCCUGUUAUAGCUGGCUAGCUAGAUUGAACUAAAGGAGCUGUAAUAUUUCUCGGGCUCUGGCAUUGAGUUUGUUAUCCUAGAAACAAAGCGAUUUUUCUGCAAUAUGUGCUGUGGUUAGCUAUUUAACAACAUCAACUAAGAAGGUUAGCUAGCGUUAGACUGUCUUGUUAACUAAAGUAACGUUAGCUAGCUUAACGCUAGCUCGUUAACGCCCGGUCUUUAUACAAUUUAAUAGCCAAUCAUCUAAAGUUUAACGUUAUGUGUAGUUAAUUAUAUCCGAUUCGUUUUUUAGCGUUGCCAAAAUGGCUCAGAGUAUCACACCAAUAUUCAACAUAAUCAGCUAGCAAGGCGAGGUUAGUUUGCUAACUCAGGUGAUAUCCGUUAGGCCAUCGACUGACGGGAAACAAGCUAACUUACGCUAACAAGUCGAUAACGUCAACCACCCGGGUCCUCCAGUCUGUUCCGAACAAAUUCAAAGGAAACUCUUCGAGAUUUAUUUAGUGCCAUCAUAUGUUGACUGAAAACAGGAAACGGCAGCGCAGUGGUGGUGAUGAGGAGAGUGGCCACCUGGUGCCCCAAGCCAAAAGGCAGAGCAGAGCUCAUCCGCUGUCUCCUGAACCAGGCCGGGAUGCCUGGGACUCUGAGUCAUCCAACAGUGAGAGCAGCAGCAGCAUCAGCAGCCCAGAACACUCAGCUGGGAGCUGUAGCAGUCAGUGUGCUACGGGUCCCUGCAGUCCACUCGGCUCUAGUGACUCCUCAGAACUGGCUGGCCCUACAGACCUGGUGUCCUACCUGCAGAUCAACCGCAUCCUGAGGCAGGCCCACUUCCAGAGCCUGCAGUGCCGUGGUCACCUCAGAGACACAUGACGACCUGAAGGUCUUUCUGUCAGCCUCGAGGCAUGUCAGAUCAUCACAUGCUGAUUCACUUCACUCAGCUCUUCCCACCCAUUUCCAGUUACUGUGGUAUCACACAGAUCUACAUAUCUGUGAAUGGAAACCAGGUCCUGGCCAGGUAUCUGGAGGGGGUUCAUCUUUCAAAUAAAUCAAAAUGAUAAUCAAUUUAGCAAUAAUAACUGUGUGAUCAACUUAAACAUUUUUUGUGAUCCACUUGAUUUCUGACCAGUCUGGUUUACAUGCUGCUCUCAGAGCCAUAUUGUGACUGAUAGAUGAUGAUGAAUCCCUGUGUUUUGUCUUAAAUGUUGUAUGAAAACAGUGCUACUGUAGCUGCAGAAAUGGCACCAAUCACAAUUUUAGGCCGGUCAGUUUGACCUGUUUAGUCUCCUAGUUGGGUACUUGGGCUGUAUGCUGAAUCUGUUGUCUGUGUAAGUACAUGGACCAGUCUCAGGGAGGAUUUGCACUUGUCUUGGACUGCUCAUUUGCUUUCAUAUUCAGACGGGGACCUGUAGAAGCCAUGGGUGUUAACUUAGCAAAGGAAGUUAUGUUUUCUGUCCUUUAGUUGGUAGAGUAUUUAAAAAAUCUUUUCAAUAGAUUUAAGUUAAAUGUAGUGGAGGGUCGGGCCAUGGAUUUGGUUUUAGUGCGGAUUACAAUUUCUUUUUAUUUUUCUCAUCACAGCAAGACAGGGAAUUUUGAGCACUUUUGCUAUUUUUCCAUCAACUACUGCAUGUACUUGGGUUUACAUUGAUCUCAUAUUUAAUUACUAGUCCGGUGAGUUUAUUGUUCCUGGUGCAGAAGAAACAUAGAUGAUUAUUAAAAUAUUGUGCAGCCAUGGCAGUGCUAUGCAAAGGUGUUGCUUUCUAGCUAUUAUUUUUAUGUUUUAUUUUCUCCUGAUCAUGUAAUUGACUAAUUAUUUCAUGAUCCUAUAUGACAUCCCUUGGUGAUCUUGACACAACCCAUCCUGUCUUGUCAUGAUCAUUAAAUAAUUAUGCUGGAGAUUGUGACAUGGGAAUAAUCCUCUAUAAUUAGCAGCAUUGCCACAUCAGAAUUCAACACUGUUAUUAUAAACUGAUGCAACUACAACCAAAGGAAGAGUCCAUUUAGUAUCACUAUGCUAGUCCUCUUUAGAGAGUGACGGCACCUGUGGUUAUUUAACAAUGAACACAAAGUAAUAACUGUCAAUUAUAGAUCAGACUAGUUAAGGAGUUACGGUUAUUUUUGUUUUCUUGUGAUCGUGGAAAAAUAUGGUGGUCAUAACAUGACGAGCUUCUCAUGACCACAAAGAGAAACCAAAACAAAAGUUACACCCAUGCACUCUACAACCUUUCAUACUCUUAGACUUUCUCAGUCUUUUAUUUUAUAGAGGGACUGUUUAUGUGGCAUUUGAGCAUGUAGGAAAACAUAGUUAUUUCUGUCUAGAGGGGGGCUACAAUACAGCCUUUAGGAACAAAAAGACAUUCCCCAGGCUUUGUGUGCAACAUUACUGGAGCCACUAAAAUGCUGUUUUUAAAUGGCAGACCAGCCUUUCUGCCUGUGCACUACCAUUUUAUGGUUGCUACACAUGUGUCCCUGUGCACUGAACUUCCAGGUACAAGCACUGACCGUAAGGCUGUGCGUCUCCUUUUCAUGAAGCAGGAUCAGUUUCAUUCUUGAGCCCUCAUCCCAGCAGUCAGCUCAGCUGUGUAUUUUUUUUAAAACAAUUUUUUUUUCAACUUGGUGUGUCAGAAACAAAAGCAUUUUGAAGACGUGGUUUAUUUUAUUUUUCAAUUAUAUAUUUUUUUCUAUUUAGUAAUGCACAUGACAUUAACCUUAGCCAUUGACUCUUUUUCAUGUAAAUACCCCUUCAUUUAAAAAAUAAAAUAAUGUUUUUGAACAAAGGUA